AUGUAUGUGAAACCACAACUUAGUUUAAAGCAAGUGGUCUUGAUGUUGAUUUCAUACAUAGGUGGAGGCACCUUCUGUUUUUUCUUGGUCAGGAAUCAGAUUAAGGGAGUAAAAACAAAUCCGAUUCUUGAUUCCAUGUACUUGUGUGUAGUCACAAUGAGCACUGUAGGAUAUGGAGACCUUGUUCCUAAUAGCGUAAUGGCAAAGCUACUUGCAUGCGUUUUUGUGUUCACUGGAAUGGCUCUUGUUGGUCUGAUUCUUGGCAAGGCAGCAGAUUACAUUGUAGAGAAGCAGGAGGUGCUUUUGGUUAGGGCCAUACACUUCCAUGAAAAGGUUGGCUCUGCCGAGCUUCUUAAGGAGGUUGAAUUAGACAAAGUCAAGUUCAAAUGUAUUACUGCAGGAAUCCUUCUUGUGGUUCUUUUUGUAAUUGGAACUGUGUUCUUGUGUGUGGUUGAGGAACUGGAAGUUUUGGAUGCUAUUUAUUGCGUUUGUUCCACCAUUACUACUCUAGGUUAUGGGGAUAAGAGUUUCUCAACUGCAGCAGGUCGAAGUUUUGCUGUAUUUUGGAUAAUUACAAGUACAAUGUGCUUAGCACAAUUUUAUCUCUACCUUGCUGAACUAUACACAGAAAAAAGGCAGAGAUCACUCGUCAGGUGGGUGCUUACUCGAAGAUUGACACCUUCCGAUCUUGAGGAGGCAGAUCUUGAUCAUGAUAAAGUCGUCAGUGCUUCCGAGUUUGUGAUAUAUAAGUUGAAGGAAAUGGGGAAGAUCAGCCAGGAGGAUGUUUCACUUAUCAUGGAAACCUUCAAGAAGCUUGACAUUGAUCACUCAGGAACUUUGACAGCAUCUGAUCUAUUACCGUUAACACCCCGUCAAACUGAUGAGUAG